CGCCUGCGCUUCUCCUCCAUGGACCAUACCUUGGACAAGUGUAAUUCUGAACUGUAGUAAAGUGCAUCCAUUUUGUGAGAAUAUUGUUAAAAUAACCUGUUAAAAAUGACAUGCGGGGCAGAAUGCCUAUCUAUAGGGCCUCCUCCGGACUCGAUCCUGCACAUGCCACCGCCGCCACUGCCGGCGUUCCUGGCCAGUGCCGCCAACCUGACGCCGCCAUGCCGCGCUUCCAAGUGUCCCCCACUUCAGCACAGCGAGGACAACGCACUCUUCCCCGGUGUGGAGUACCACGAGCUGCCCCGGCAUGAGCCGUCAUUUCCAGAGCCGGCCGGCAACGACGACACCUGGUUCCUGGUGUUGAUCACUUGCUGCAUCGCCGUGCUGUGCAUCGCAGCGCUGCUUGCGCUCUUCCUGCUCAAAUGCCGAGAAGCCAGAGGCGGUUGCAAGAGCGGUACUGGUAAAACCAGCGGCUCAAAUGCUCUCUACGGUGGUGCUGCCCUCGACUCCCGAGUACUGUGGGCUGCCCUCACGCCCCGAGGCACAAGACACUUCGUCGCAGACACAUACCCUCACGACGAAACCGAAGACCACCACUACGAAUGUGUGGAACCGCCGCUGUACAAGCUCGGACCACCGGAAGAUCUCACGAUAACUCGCCACUUCAAUGUGGAAUAUGAAGAUCCAGCGCCUCUUAUAGAGAGCUACAGUGACAGGACCGAAGAAUACUUCCGCAAUGGAAUGGACACUCUGCGCCGUGGGAGACCUCUCGUGUCCUCCCCGACGCGCAUCGAACGACCGAAUCUCCCCCCACUCAACCUUCAACCGAGGACCCUGCGAAGGGCCCCCCACUCCCGCCGAGUGAGCGAUGCGAACAAUCCCGAGAAGUCGGCCAUCUGAACCGAGACUGGCGCGGUAUUCUCCGUCGCCGACUCAGCCGAUAUCGAUUACGACUGGCAAUCGAUGGAAAACUCGAAUGUCGAUCGUCUCGUUUGAGGAACAUUAGUAAAAUCGUGAUGAACUCCCAUGUCGACGAACUACAUACCUACUACAAUUCAAACAUGAGACCUGGAUGAUCCAAAUCACAUCACAACUUCAUAUUUUUUGUGUUCGUAGACAAAUCAGCAGUGCGUCAUCACCUCAACACGUACAAUGAGACUUGAAACCAUUUAUGGUCUUGGACUACCUAACUUAUCUAUUAAUAGUUCGCUUACAUUUUUGGUGUAAAUAAGAAAACAUUUGGUUUGAGAAACUGUGUGCAAUGUAAAUGCUCUACGCCUCUAGUCGCAACUGUAAUUUCUAGUCAACAAAUAAGUAAUGAAGUCGGUGUCUAUUUUAUACUCAUGUAAUUACUGUGUACCCAACACUUAAUCUGAAUUAAUAGAUCUACACUGUUGUUUGUUAAUUUGCAAUUAAUUUAUUGCGCCAUACAUACUUAUUAGAACAGUACCGUCGAAUUUUAUACAAUUAAAUAUUU